AUGGGCUUGGUGAGACUGGUCCUAUGCGUCUCAGGUGUAUAUGCGACAUUCUUGCUGUGGGCUAUAGCUCAAGAGCGCCUCUCGACACCGUUUCCAUCAUCAGAUCGCCGAACGGGGACUCCUCACUCCUAUCACUACACCAGCCUUGAUCAAUUCCCAUCGUCCGUCUUUCUCAACUAUGCUCAAGCGGUAGCAUCCAGUCUCUCUGCCUUGGUCUACCUUGUGGUUGGAAGUUGGCGUGAUGGAAGCUGGAAACGCAAAGGGCUUGGCGGAGUGACAGGCUGGAAGCAGUUCUGGAGCUCUUCAGACUCGCUUGCGAAGUCAAAGGGAGACAGUGAUAACGCAGGGAUAUCAAACGGGCACUCGAGAGAGAGAAAGCAGCCGAACGGCGGCUUCGUGGAGCAGAAGAAUCCUGUUGUCAAGCAAACCCCUCAGGGCAAAGCUUUACCUUUUCUCUUGCUGCAAGUAGCAGCUUCUCAGACUUUUGCAGGACCGGUAGGAUUCCUUUCUCUGCGGCAUAUUUCUUACCCUACCAUGGUUCUCGGCAAGUCUUGCAAGCUCAUCCCCGUCAUGCUCCUGAAUCUCAUCCUUUAUCGUCGGCGCUUUGCGAUGCACAAGUAUGUAGUCGUUGGUCUGGUCACUCUCGGUAUCAGCCUGUUCAUGCUUUUCGGGAGCAAGAAGAAGAAGGGAGGCGCGGACAGUCUUUGGGGCCUCACUUUGUUGCUCGUCAAUCUGAUGCUUGACGGGAUGACCAAUUCCACUCAAGAUCAAAUCUUUACCCUCUUCCCCUCCUUCACUGGCCAGCAAAUGAUGCUUGCCAUGGCGGUUUCCACCCAACUCAUUCUCUUACCGCUACUCUUACUUCCUUUACCCUCAAACCUGUCUACCAUCCUCAGCAUACUACCAUUCACCUCAUCGUCUGUCCCGAACCAUCCGAUCACAUUUUCUCAACCAGCAUUCACGCAAUCAAUCCAGUUUCUCCUCUCACAUCGAUCUGCCAUCCGACCACUUCUCGCAUAUGCCCUCCUUGGUGGCUUAGGGCAACUUUUCAUCUUCGAGACCAUUCAGCAUUUUGGUAGUCUGACACUCGUCAUGAUCACAGUCACUCGCAAACUAUUCACCAUGCUUCUCAGUGUGAUUAUCUUCAAUCAUAGUCUGACAACAGGUCAAUGGACAGGCAUCGCCGUUGUGUUCAGUGGUAUUGGACUCGAGGCAGGUAUCAAACGACGCGACAUGAUGCGACGUGCUAGACGGGAUAGAACGUAA